AUGGCUGCCAAGUACAGUGACGCGGCCGUCGCUGCGCUCAAGGCCGAGUACGAGAGUGCCGGGCAGGGCCACGUCUUCAAGUUCUGGGACGAGCUCAGCCAGGACGAGAAGGUCACCUUCUUCGAACAGCUCUCUGGCAUCACCCCCUCCGAAGUCAACUUUUUGCGAGACCUCGCCCUCAAUCCUCCCCCCGAGCCCGAAGAGACCACCGUCGAGCCUCUCCCCGCCUCUGCGAGCGCCAGUCUGAUCGACGCCGACGACGAGACCAUCCAGAGCUGGAGACAACGCGGCCUGAAGCUCAUUGGCGAGGGCAAGGUGGCUGUCGUGCUCCUUGCCGGUGGCCAGGGCACUCGUUUGCAGUUCCCGGCGCCCAAGGGUUGCUUCGACAUCAAGCUGCCCUCGCACAAGUCCCUCUUCCAGCUGCAGGCCGAGCGUAUCCAGCGGGUCAAGGAGCUUGCCGCGAGCGAGACUGGCAAGACCGCCAAGGAGGUCGGCCUUCCCUGGUAUGUCAUGACCAGUGGCCCUACACAGGAGGACACGGAUGGUUUCUUCAAGGGUACCGGCUUCCCCGCGCCGCUCGAGGAGCCUGCUAUCGAGACGCGAAAGUCUGUCGACGCUUACUUUGGCCUGCCGGAGAAGGACGUCACUCUGUUCCAGCAGGGAGUCCUGCCCUGCAUCGCCCCUGACGGCAAGUUCAUGCUGGAGAGCAAGGGCAAGGUCGCCGAGGCUCCUGAUGGAAAUGGCGGAAUCUACAAGGCGCUUCUGCGGCCAUUCAUCGAGACCGACAAUGGCCCCAUCAGCAUUGUGCAGGACAUGAAGAACCGCGGGGUCGAGCACGUCUACGCGUACUGCGUGGACAACUGCCUCGCCAAGGUUGCGGAUCCCGUCUUUAUUGGCUUCGCGGCCCAGAAGCAAGUCCAGAUCGCCACCAAGGUCGUGCGGAAGGACAACCCCAAGGAGAGUGUCGGUCUCAUCAUGCAGAAGAACGGCCGGCCCGCGGUGGUCGAGUACUCAGAGCUCGAUGACGCUACAGCUCAGGCUCAGGACCCGAGCAACCCGCAGCUGCUCAAAUUCCGCGCGGCAAACAUUGUCAACCACUACUACACCAUUGAGAUGCUCGAGAAGAAGUUCACCCUGCCCCCGCAUGUGGCCAAGAAGGCCAUUCCAUGCAUCGACCUCCAGACAGGCGAGAAGAUCAAGCCCGAGUCCAAGAACGGCAUCAAGCUUGAACAGUUCAUCUUUGACAACUUCAAGGAGCUGUCGCUGGACGAAUUCGCCAGCUUCGAGGUAGAUCGCAAGGAGGAGUUUUCACCACUCAAGAACAAGGAUGGCGAAGACUCGCCGCAGACCAGCUACCGCGACAUUAUGCUGCAGGGCAAGCGGUGGCUGGAGGCUGCCGGCGCGACCAUCUCGGAGAAGCUGGACGGAGUUGAGGUGCCGCCCUUGGUCAGCUACGAUGGCGAGGGCCUGAGCGUCUUCAAGGGCGAGACCAUCUCUGAGCCAUUUGUGACGCUGGAGCAGGUUCACUCAUUAAGGAAGUAG